GGGAAGGAAGCGGAUAAAGGUGGUAAUGGUGUGCAACGAAGGAGAAGUUAGAUACGAAGAAACAAACUGACGAGAAGAGAGGAGAAGAGGAGAGAGGAGAGGGAAGCUCGACGGUUUGCAGCAAAUCGGCGCAGGCUACCUUGUACGCGCGCGCGCGCGCGUUCUUACAAAACAACGCAUCUGAACACUCUGAACCCGUCGCUGAACGCGCCUCAACAGUUCGGCACGAAUUCACAUUGAGUUGAUUAUCCUGUCUGACGCGCGGGUUUCAUCGCAUCGCCGCCAUAUUGGCGGCUCGAUAUAACACGUACUAAUAAUAAGUUCAGAUUGGAUACGGUAGGCACCGCAGUUGACGCGCCGAUUUUAUCUUCGUUGAAUAUCGCUAUUCCAAACGUGUCAUAAACAACACAGUGAUCAUGUCAUAAUCGUUGACAGUCAUACAAUUUAACUAUAUGCCAGAGAAGCCGGGAAAAACUUUUAUCACCUAUAUGUAUAUUAAAAUAGUAUAUGUUUUUGUUUCUAAUUUCAUAUGCAUCGAAUGAAUCGUGACUGAUUUUUAAAUGAAUCUAAUAAAUGUAUGAUCAACGCCGUAUCAAUAGUAAUUGAGUAAAAAUAAACUUGGUGUUAUUUUUACUUGUAUAGUUAACAUUAAUGCAUGUUGAAAGUUUGUUAGGCGCUUGUUCAAUCGACCUUAUUUCCAUUCAAUAAUUUACAAUUAUAAAUCGUAAUGGACAUUUCCUAAUAACACUGAAUGAAAUAGUACGAUUUAUGAUCCAUUUUCGCGGGACUCAUGUCUACUUAUUUUUGUUAGUGAUUAAAAAUUAUUAUCGUACACGUGAAAAAUAUGUGAACUAUUUACUGAAACAGAUUACACAAUUUUUUUGUCACUGUAUUUAAAUGUUAAUGAAUAGUUAUUUAUAUCAAGAUAAAUCUUUGUUGCUGACUUUAUGACAAUUUGCAUUGUUAAUAACAAUGCCUAUUGGAAAUGAACAAUUCAUUAGAUCCAGAUUUUGAAGAAUUCAAAUUUUCUGAUGAGAACAAAAUUUGGAAGGACGAUGCACUGGACGAUAUACAAAGAUUUGGUGAACAUAUAAGUGAUCAGAACUCAGUAUUUUCAUUACAAAUUCCAUUGUUACAUUGCGAAAUUUGUAGAAAACAAUUUAUAUCAAAGAAACAGUUACGUAUUCACAUACAUACACAUUUAGGAAGACCACGGAUAGUAUUGAAAAGAAUUUCAAAUCUGAAAAGCAUAAAAAGAAAAUAUAAUAAUACGUAUUGGCUUGAUCCAGAGAAAAAGGGAUCUUUGAAGCUAACAUUAAAAAAGCAAAGUUUGUCUGAUUCGCUUAAACUUACGCUUAAAAAAUCACCUGAAUCCAAAGAUUUUACUGUUGUAAACACCAACAUUAAUCUGGGUACAAAAGACGUGGCUGCGGCAAAAGAGAAUGAUCAAACGCACGAUAAAAAUACAGAAAAUACGACUAUCCAGUCGUUUAAACUUAAACAGGUGAUGGUAGAACAGCAGGAUGAAUAUGGGAACGUUAAAUUUGAUACCCAUGACCAUAAUCUAUUGGAAGAAAAUGAUAGACCAUCCAUAGAUGUAAACGAAGGUGAUUCAGGUGUAGGGAGUGAUAUGGCAAAUCCAUCUGAAAAAGAAGAUCAAAAUGUAGAUGAUUUACAAAGUACAGGCCAGUAUGACAACUCGGAUAAAAGACUUUCCGAAGGAGAGGACCAUGAAGAAUCAGACGCAUUGGAAGCAACGUGUAGAGAAACAAUUGAAAACCUGAGAAAACUUGGCGAACAAUCUGGAUCUAGGCCUAUGAGUCAAUUAAUUGACAAUUCAAGUAUCGAAGACGACGAUGAUAGAAGACACGAAACCAACAUGACCGAUGAUUUGGAGGAAAAUCCAACUAUUAGUAUUAUAACAAACUCUUCUAGAUUUUUAAACCAUUCAGGAAAUUGUUCAUCUGAAAACGAGGAUAAACCUGAUAAUUCAACAGAAAGUGCAACAGGUUUCAAUUGGAAUCAGUUAUCUGCUAAUUUGAAUAAUAAAAAUAAUGAGGUUCCUAAAGAAAGCGAUGAACAGUCUGAUCAUGGGGGUGAUAAUAAUAUGGAAAAUGCUGGGUCGUUGUUACAAAACUUGAUCGACCAUCAAAGGCACAAUCAGAAUGAAAGGUUAUCAAAUAAUUUACCGCCAGAAACGGAAUACGUUUCGCUUGAAAAGUUAGCCGAGACAGUCAGUACGUGCCGUGUCUGUAACGAGAAGUUCAAAGAUAUAGCUCACCUCGAUGAGCAUCGUAGCAAAGUUGGACAUUAUCAGUGCAAUAUUUCUGAAUGUAUUAAUCUUAUUUUUCAUUCACCGUUAGAAGUUUCUAUGCAUAAGGCUCAAAUGCAUGGAACACCUUUAUCUCCGAGUGUGAGCCAAUUGUCUCCUCAUUUAAAUGCGAGUUCGCCGCAUUUAAAUCAAAAUUCACCUCAUUUGAGUCAAGCAUCUCCACAAUUGAAUACCCACUCGCCUCAUGCAACCUCGAUGGAAUCUCCAAACACACCAAAUUCGCAGCAAAUAAAUAGGAUUUCUCCUUUAAACUCUCCGCAUCAAACAAAUUCGCCUACAUACAAUUCAGUAUCCAAUGCUGGACAGCAGAUAUUACCACCUGUUAACUUUGAGCAAUUACCUGCACCUGUACAACAAUUAGCUCAACAAGUACAACGUAUGCCACUUCCGCAAACGCAAAUGCCCCCAAGUCUUCCACCAGGUGCUAAUACAAUGAUCCCUGGCCCAAAUUAUUUUGUACAGCCACCGGGAAGGCCUCCACUGUAUAGGGUUCCUGGUCCACAGAGCAUGCAUUAUCCUCCUCAUAUAGCACAUCUAUAUUCGCAAUACGGGCCGGGUCCAUAUCCGCAAAUGAGUGCGCCGCCACAAAUGCAUCCUCAAUUGUCUCAACAAAUUUCACGCGGAAGGUAUCCUACCGUUGCGCAAAGUAGUCGGACACCGCGGAUACCACAGAAUGGAUCCACUCCGCGGCAACGUAUGAAACGUCCAUUGCAACAAACACAAGCACAACAACAACAACAAAAUAAUUCAGCUAUAAAACAACGACGAUUGGACGUUUUAUUGCCAGACAGAAACGAAGACGCAGACUGUCACGUUAUUGCACAACAAAAACGAAAUGACGGUUUGCCAGUUAUACAAAAUGUUCAAGGUGCUACCACUCAACAGGCUAGAAACGAUUCUACGAUACAUCUUACGGAUUCUAUAACCCUCAGUGUUCGACAGCCAGGUUCCGCUCCAGCUCAAGUGCAGAAUACAUCAAGUGCCGGUAGCAAGAAGUCCGAUGCUAAGGCUGUGGCGAAUGUACUAGCAGCCCGAGGUAUUACUGUUACUCCAGCAGCAAAUAAAAAUAAAUCAAGCGAACAAAACAAACAGCAGAUACCUUCCCAGCCACAGAAGACUACAUCUUCACAGCAGCCUUUAAAUUUUACAGCGCUCACUCUGAAUUCUGCUAUUUCUAUCAUACCAGCUCAUUCACAAAAAAAGCAACCAGAACAGGGCCAAUUUGCUGUUCCUCAGAAUAAACAGAAUAAAACAGCUGUGAAUGAAGUGGAAAGACCACCGAGACCACCCACUGUAGAUUUAACUCAAGAUUCUCCACCACAAAUGCCAGUUGUCAGACGCGGAAGACCUCCACGGGCAUUGCUUACUUGUCAGGUAUGUGACAAAAGUUUUCAGAAUCAAGAAAUGUUGACGCAGCACAUGGCUACUCACCGUGCGCCAAGUAAACUACUUCACAAAUGUAAUCUCUGUCCUGCCCAAUAUCCGACAGCUCAAGCGCUGUCAACGCAUAAACAGGCGUAUCAUAAGGAAGUUGAUACCGUAGCACAAAAUGGUGGCGCGGAAUUAGCGUUACCGGUUGUAGAUUUAAAAUCUCCUCACGUGUUGAAUCGUUUAUCAAACCUUGGUAUACAAAGCUACAUCCCGCUGUCACAGCUUAGUGCUCAAACAGGCGGAUAUUUUGGCUUACCGAUUAUUACGAUUGACGGUGCACGAAAUCCUAAUACUUGUAAUUUAGGUGCACUUGGUGCUACAUCUAUUCUAAGCCUAGGUCCUCUGAAACACUUGUCAAACAGAUUAACAGGCAACAUAAAUCAAACUUUUUAAAUAUUUUUAAUUGAAACACAAGUAAAUUCAAUAAUUUAUUUUUUUGUUCUGUUCUGUUCUGUUCUGUUCUGUUCUGUUCUGUUCUGUUUUGUUUUGUUUUGUUUCUUCGUUAUUUUGGCUAUUUCUUUCCUUUAUUUACGUUGUUAUUAUCAUUAGUUUAUGUAAUUCUAAAGCAAUACAGUAUUUGGAAUAAGGGUUGAAAAGGUGGUCGUGUUAAUUUUAGAAAUAAUACAGAACAAGAUUUGAAAUACAUAAUCACUAUGAGAAGAUAGAAUAUAUGUCAUAUGUAAUGAAAACAAAGUUUAUAUACGCUAUUCAAAUUGCGUGUAAAUCAUCGUCUCUAUUAGUAUAUUUUUUUUAAUAAAGAUAUUAAACAAGAACUUACGUAUUCGUCGGGAUUUUUGAGAUUACGAAUGCCGUACAGGUAAACUAUGGUUCCAAGAUGUAGUGCCACCCUUUCUUGAUCUAGAGAAAGAGAUCAUAUUCUAUGUAACAUGUCACCUGUGAAGUUCUUAUUCACGAGACUAGAGAAGAAAUUUUAAGCUCCCGAAAUUUUAAUGAAUCGUAUUGAUUUUACUAUACAAAAAUAAGCAUAUUUUUUUUAAUUUUAUUUUUUAUUAUUUUUUUUUUUUUUAAAUGAAUAUUUCAAAUCAGACACGGAAACAUUUGUGUACACAAUAUGAGAAUCACCAGCAAGGUACCUAAUCAGUAAAUUAAGAAAUAUGGUGUAUCUUGGAUGCUUUAAAAGAUUCAUAUUGUUAAACUACGUCCGUUUUUUGAAUGCGAUUAUUAAAAAAGAAAAUGCGUGCAGAGUUGAUACGAUAAAGUUACAAGAAUUAAUUAUUCUUUUGUCAAACUAUUUUAUUUCUUAUUUAAAGGAUUAUUCCAAUACACAACCGGUUGUAAAUGUAUAUUUGUAAAGAGAAGGAUCACAACUAAAAGCUCGUUUGUACGUGAAAUGUUUACUAAAAUACUAAUAAUUGUGUAAGGUUUAAAUAACCAGCAUUAAGUAUAAUCCUUGUAUCACAUGCAUACUUUUUAUUUAUUAUCAUUCCUGUUAAACAUUGUUGUAUGUAAAUAAUUAUCAUUCUUUCUGUACCGUCUAUAUUUUAAUAAGUAAACUAUCUGUUCCGUUUAAAUUAUAGGAAGCGAAAACGGUUACUAAAGACACAAGAACUGACUUAAAAAAUAACGACAUUGUAUAUAUUUGUAUGAUAAUAAAAGAAGUAUAUGAUAAUUUUAA